GGUGUAAAAUGGCAGUCAGAUUAUCAGAAAAACCCUGGAGAGGGGGCUGAAGGAUUUAGCCACUCUUUGCUCCCAACCUGGCAGUCCAGAGUCUCCUCCUGGGCACACCAGACACCAUGGACUCCCCAGGGUACAAUUGCUUUGUAGACAAAGACAAGAUGGAUGCUGCCAUCCAGGAUCUGGGACCAAAGGAGCUGAGCUGGACUGAGCUGCAGGAGCUGAAACAGCUGGCUCGAGAGGGCUUCUGGGCUCAGAGCCACGCCUUGAGGGGAAAGGUAUACCAGCGCCUGAUCCGGGACAUCCCCUGCCGCACAGUCACACCGGAUGCCAGUGUGUACAGUGACAUUGUGGGCAAGAUUGUAGGGAAGCACAGCAGCAGCAGCAGCCUGCCUUUGCCAGAGUUUGUGGAUAACACUCAGGUGCCUAACUACUGCCUGAAUGCCCGGGGUGAGGGGGCUGUGCGCAAGAUCCUCCUGUGCAUUGCCAACCAGUUCCCUGACAUCUCCUUCUGCCCUGCGCUGCCGGCUGUGGUGGCCCUGCUGCUCCACUAUAGCAUUGAUGAGGCUGAAUGCUUUGAGAAGGCCUGCCGCAUCCUGGCCUGCAAUGACCCCAGCAAGAAGCUCAUCGACCAGAGCUUCUUGGCCUUUGAGUCAUCCUGCAUGACGUUUGGAGACCUGGUAAACAAGUACUGUCAGGCAGCCCACAAGCUGAUGGUGGCUGUGUCAGAGGAUGUGCUGCAAGUUUACUCCGACUGGCAGCGCUGGCUUUUUGGUGAGCUACCCCUCAACUACUUUGCCCGUGUCUUCGAUGUCUUCCUUGUGGAAGGCUACAAGGUAUUAUACCGUGUUGCCCUGGCCAUCCUCAAGUUCUUCCACAAGGUGAGAGCAGGGCAGCCUCUCGAAUCAGACAACGUGAAGCAUGACAUCCGCAUGUUUGUCAAGGAUAUUGCCAAGACAGUAUCCCCUGAGAAGCUGCUAGAAAAAGCGUUUGCCAUUCGCCUCUUCUCCCGCAAGGAGAUCCACCUCCUACAGAUGGCUAAUGAGAAAGCACUGAAGCAGAAGGGCAUCACUGUCAAGCAGAAGAGUGUUUCACUUUCUAAAAGGCAGUUUGUGCACUUAGCCGUCCAUGCAGACAACUUUCGCUCAGAGAUCGUCAGUGUGAAGGAGAUGAGAGAUAUCUGGUCCUGGGUCCCUGAACGAUUCGCCCUCUGCCAGCCCCUCCUGCUCUUCUCCUCAUUGCAGCAUGGGUACAGCCUGACCAGGUUCUUUUUCCAGUGUGAAGGACACGAACCCACCCUCCUACUCAUCAAGACCACACAGAAGGAGGUGUGUGGAGCUUACCUGUCAACUGACUGGAGUGAGAGAAAUAAAUUUGGCGGCAAACUGAGCUUCUUUGGGACCGGAGAAUGCUUUGUGUUCAGGCUGCAGCCCGAGGUGCAGCGUUACGAGUGGGUGGUCAUCAAGCACCCGGAGCUGACCAAGCCGACCUACUUCAUGUCCUCAGAGACCAGCACUCCCUCUCCACUUAGCCACCCUGUCCCCUCAGACCCCGCUGACCGGCUCUCACCAUUCCUGGCUGCUCGGCACUUCAACCUGCCUUCCAAGACUGAGUCCAUGUUCAUGGCCGGAGGCAAUGACUGCCUCAUUGUUGGAGGAGGGGGCGGCCAGGCACUCUACAUCGAUGGAGACCUGAACCGGGGCCGCACGGGACACUGUGACACUUUCAACAACCAGCCUCUCUGUUCUGAGAACUUCCUUAUUGCUGCGGUGGAGGCCUGGGGCUUCCAAGACCCUGACAUCCAGUGAUGGGCCUGCACUGAUGAGCCUGAAGCUUUCUGGGCCUCACUGCAAGUCCACACCUGAAGAAGUAACUCAAGAGGGACUCUGACUAACCCUAGACCAGCCAACUCCAUAUCCAGGCACCUGCCCAGAGAUGCCUGGAUUCAUGGGAGCUUCUCAGCCUUCUUCUCUAGCCUGGUGGCCUCCUCAAGCUCAUUGCAGUCUUUGCAGUCGCCCCUUUCCCUUCCUUGUUACUGCAGUGAGAAGGUCUAGAGUCACACCCAGAUCCCUCAGCAUGGCCUGCUUGUCUCAGUCCCACCUCCCUCUUCCCUUCUAGGCCCUGUACCUGCUGGGUCUUGCCCAUGCAGCACCUCUUGGGCCACUCUGCCUGGAUGUAUGUCCUACCUCUAUCCCUUUUGUGUGUGGUGCUGUGGCUGGCCACAUGUCAUGGUUUUCUGUGUGCUUUCCCCUCUCCCUUGCAGCCUUCAGGCCCUUGGGCCCUGUACUGCCUGAGCUCUGUAUUAUCCUGGUGGAUAUAGGUGCUGAGAGAGACCUGCCACCCAUACACCUCCCCACCUAUUCUGUGAUCUCCCUCAGCUGGUCCUGAGGCUCUAGGCACCACAGAGGGGAGAAGCAUGACCCAAGUGGCCAUUCUGGGGCCUUAGAGACCUAGGUCAUAUGGACAAGUUUCCAUUCCCCUUAUGUCUGCAGCUGGCACCUCUGUAUCCCCAUAGGGCAUUUCGAGUCUAUCCCACAUCUGUGCCUGGCUUCUGAGAGGGUGUCAUCCUUCCCUGCCCUUUCACUCACAUCUUUUCUGAGUGGGGUCAGGAGAUAGAGGAGGCAGGAUAAGAAUCCUUUUUGGCUUUAGGCAAGCUGGUAAACCUGCACUGAACUCACCUUUUCCACUUGUGAAAUAGACCAGUGUUCCAGCCCUGUUCUCAUGGACAGGACCACAUGAGGCCCUCUUGAAAGGUGCAGGGAGGGACUAUCACCCGCUCCCCCCAGUGCAGGCUUUGCCACCUCCUUCCUCUUCUGAGCUCCCCCUGUCCAAGGCCUUGACUGCCAACUUCAGUGUUCAUUAAACAUGGUCUUGUUGCAUCAACUCAGGGGUCUGAGUCUGCUCUCUUUUUCAGCCAGAGGAAUCCUAGGGGCUUCCUUGAUGCUUGUCCAUGCAUUGUCACUGGAACAUGAAAGCCUUUUGAAAAUGUAAUCUUUAAUUUUUCAGGAGCAGAUGAAGUUAACCCUGAAUAUUGAAGGGCUCUGCAAAUUUCAUGACUAGGUGGGGGUUUUCCUUGGCAAGUGAGUUCAGUAGGAUCUGUGGCUGCCCCAAAAGGCACUACUCAGCCUUCACCCUUCCCAUGGAUCCAGUAAGAAGACUAGUUGCCACCUUGUGAUUCUUUAUCUUAAGCAAAGUUCUUCAGUUGUGUGUGGAUGUAAAAUACUCAGUUUCUUUAGAUUUAAUAUUUUUUCUGACUUUCCUACCAAAAGCUAUGUGAUCAUUAUCUUUUAUUUUUUUUAAAUUAUCUGUUUUCUUAUUAUCACUAUUCUCCUUUGAUACUAAAUAUUCCCAAAUAUAAUUUAUUUAAUUUUUGUUUGUUUUUUUUUUUCGAGACAGAGCCUCACUAUGUAAUUCA